AUGAGCGUGCGCGCCUUCAUCAACAGCCCCACGGGGCCGAGGACGACCCACUUCUGGGGGCCCGUCGCGAACUGGGGGUUCGUGCUCGCGGGCUUGGCGGACACGAAGAAGCCGGAGUCGAUGAUCAGCGGACCGAUGACGGGCGCGCUGGUGGUGUACUCCGGGCUGUUCAUGCGGUUCGCGUGGAGGGUGCAGCCGAGGAAUCACAUCCUGCUCGCGUGUCACACGGCGAACGCGAACGUGCAGGCGUAUAAUUUUCAACGGUGGGCGAGGUGGAACGGCGACGCGCCGGAGACGACGCGCGAGGCGACGUCGUGA